GAAAGAACCAUAGAUCCGAGCAGUUCUAAAAAUACAUUAUGUUUGGGCUCGAUAAGCAUCAAAUGUACAUUGCCUCGGUGGUGGCGACCUACUGGUUCGUCUCCAUCAACAUGGUGUACCUCAACAAAGUCCUCAUGUCGAACAAGGACAUUUCUAUCCCGGCACCUCUCUUUGUAACCUGGUUUCAAUGUGUCGUGACGGCGAUCAUCUGCUGGGUCGCAGGCAAGACUGGCGAGCGAUUCCGACAGUCGGCAUAUCAACAAGUCCAUCAGGAAGAUGGCGGUAUAGCGGAAGAAGCCAAGCCGUCUUUUUGGGCGCAGUUUCCGGUGGCCGAGUACAAAAUUGGCGUAGGUCGUCGCGUGUUUCCCUUGUCAUUUGUCUUUGUCGGUAUGAUCACCUUUAACAAUCUAUGUCUUAAAUGGGUUGAGGUUUCGUUCUACAAUGUUGCUCGCUCUUUGACGAUCGUCUUCAACGUCUUUCUGUCCAACGCGCUGCUCGGUAGCUCCACUUCUUCAAAAACAAUGUUGUGCCUCGGCCUUGUCAUUCUAGGAUUCUUCAUGGGAUCUCAAGGCGAAAGCAACUUUUCAAUCUACGGAACAGUUGCUGGGAUUUUCUCUUCGCUUUUUGUGUCUCUCAACUCGAUCUAUACCAAAAAGAUUCUCCCUGCGGUUGACAACGACCAUUGGCGCCUCACAUUCUACAACAACAUUAACGCCUGCAUUUUGUUUCUCCCCAUGAUACUUGUAUUUGAGCACCAGGCUCUCGCCGCUGCCGUGAAUCAACAGUUUUUGUCGGGCAUCUUCUGGUCUGCCAUGAGUGUCGCUGGCUUUUUCGGUUUCUCAAUCGGCAUCGUCACCGUCCUGCAGAUAAAGGCAACGUCGCCCCUGACACACAACAUUUCGGGCACAGCCAAAGCUGCUGUACAAUCCAUGAUGGCCUUCUAUAUUUGGGGCAACGAAGCAACUCUGAUGGGCGUUCUUGGUAUUUUCACUGUGUUAGGUGGUUCACUCUUGUACACCUUUGUCAAAAUGUCCGAGAGCAAAGCUAACAGCACUCCGCGUGUAGCCGAACAAAAGACUGAUGUGGAAAUGCAAAAACCGAACAACAAGCGAGUAGUCUAGUGAAAGCGGAAUUUGUUUUCUUUGGAUUCUCUGUUCUGGCCUACGUGCCUGGGAAUUCGUCACGUGCUCCUAGCUUUGUCUGUCAUAUUAACAGUAAAAUUCGAAGACUGUAUUCGGAC